GUGAGGUUUCCUUUGUUGUAGUUGCUGCCCACCGAUUUAUUCUUCAUUGAACAUUUACUGUAUUGCAAACGGAUUUUGUGUCAGGAAAGUAAAAUAAUAACAGAAAGCAUUGUUGUAAAAGAUCAUUUCUACAUUUAUUGAAAAACCUCCUGCAUAAAGGGAGGUUAAAGAAUGAUGAUGACCAGCACUACCACUGACCAUGUGAAAAUGGAGCCUCCAUUUUAUCAUGAGGAUACUCUAAAUUUGCAAGAUUUUGCUCAGAUUUCAGGAUACAGUGGAACUUCUCCAGGGGGGACCUCAACAAAUCACCAAAUUAGUGGAGGUGAAACUGCUAUCCGAUACACUUCAGAACAUAAAUUAAUGAGUGCUAAUAUUAUAAUUCAGGCUACUAACCUGAAAAAGAAAGGCUUGGGUGUGAUUGCAGCAGCCUCCGUUCCCCCAUCUGUAAUCCCUGAUGGUUUCUCUGAGGUGAUAACUCGGGGCACUGAUGCACUGAAAUUAAUGCAAAGUGGGAGCAGUAGACUUUCUGAUUCUACCAGGGGUAGUCGUGAAGUUGUGGUUGGAAAUAACCUCAGUCCAGUACCAGCUGCAGAAGGUGGUGCCAUAGUGCUGGCAGCUGGCAACAGUACAGCUAGCAAUAACACUGGUAACACUUCAACAGAUGUGUCUCUACUUCCUUCAGUUUCUUCAGCUGCAUUGAGCCUACUUAAGCUUUCUCCACCAGAAUUAGAGCACCUCUUAAUUCAGGCUGCCGGCCCUGGCCUUUCAGCUACAUCAAGCAGCAAUCCCAGUGCUGCUCCUACUGUCCCUCUACAGCAGGGUACAAUUGUGCCAAAUACCACAGUUCCACAUCCCUUUCUGUACCGCAACCAACCGAUUAUCACACAAGAGCAGGAGGGCUUUGCAGAUGGCUUUGUUAAAGCAUUAGCAGACCUACACAAACAGAAUCAGCUGCUGGGAGCACCAAUUUCUCCGUCUGCUCUUGCCACAAGUUCCCCACCUUACCCAUCUCGCUCACUGCAUCCAGCCGGAGAGGUGCCAGUCUACACAAAUCUUAGCAACUUUAACCCUACAGCAGCUGCCGCGCAGCUUAGUCCUCCGCUCCCACAGCCACCUCCUCCAACCUCCUAUACUGGUAAUUCUGCCAGUGCCACGCCCACAGUACAGCUUCACUUUCCUGUACUCAAUCGCUUACAUACAGUAAGAGGUCCUCUGGAUGAACCACAAACAGUACCUGAUGUGUCACAGUCUGGGGCUCCUGCAGCUGGUAGUAGUGAUGCAAACACGCCCCCUUCACUUUCACCAAUUGAUCUAGAGACUCAAGAGAGGAUCAAAGCAGAAAGGAAAAGGUUGAGAAACCGAAUUGCUGCCUCUAAAUGCCGCAAGAGGAAACUGGAACGUAUUGCACGCCUGGAGGAGAAAGUUAAAAUGCUUAAGUCUCAGAACUCUGACCUAGCCUCUACUGCCAGCCUCCUGAGAGAACAAGUGUCUCAGCUCAAGCAUAAAGUCAUGAACCAUGUCACUAGUGGUUGUCAAAUAGCCGUGGCCAAGGCUUCACCAGGUUCACAAGCUGAUGACAGCUCAAGCUGCUAAAAAAGUUAGAGGGAAAAAAAAUCAAUACUACCAAUGGCAGAGACUUCCACAAGCAGUAACAGUGGAGCCAGUCUUGUGAAGAAUGGGCUACAGUAUUUCCUUAAUUUGGAUAACUUGCCUUGCUCUUAAUUUUGUUUCUUUUCCUAAGGCAAGCUGAUUGAGAGGAAAAAUACGGUCAUCAGAAAGUGAAAUAAUUUUGAUGGAAUAUUAGAGUUGCACACGGAAUAGCAUAUGGCUUAUGACAAGGCUUUAGGUUGAAUAUCCUCCGGUCUACAACCUCGAGGGCCACUAAAGAAUUGUCACCAAGUUCACUGUGUGCUGAAUGAUUUAUUUUCUAUAGCAUGGCACUUUACAAAAAAAAGGAGACCUACCAUCUGUUGCAAGUGUAUGGUUGCCUUAAGCAGCAAAAUAAUCAAAGGAUUAUAACAAAUUUCAAUGCUACGGAGUGACAGUGAGCCUGUAAGAAUUGGCUUAGACAACA